CAUCCACUGCGGUAUCCAACGCAUGUGGUUUCAUAGAAAUGUACAAACCCUGCAGACAGCAGGCUGCCUGCAGCUGACAGCCUGCUCUAUGUGACUGCACGUCUAUGUGCGCACAGCCGACGCUCCUCGGGGUCAAAAGCGGACAUCGAGACGUCUCCUCACCGGUGAAUGAAUGGCGAUGACGGCAGUGAGAGCGGUGGCAGCGGGGGGCCCGGCGUCUUUGUCCCGGUUCAGAGGAGCGCUGGUCGCGGCUGUGCUGGGGGAUUGUGUCGGAGGAGAGUUUGAAGGAGCGGAGGAGGUCCCGAUGGAGAGCGUGCUGCAGCACCUCAGCAACCUGGACGACGAGACCAAAGGGACGGGUAUCCUUGAGUACAGUGACGACACUGCAAUGGCACGCUGUGUGGUCCAGUCUCUUCUCACCCGUGCCGGCUUUGAUGAGCAGGACAUGGCUCGCAGGUUUGCUAAGGAGUACAGUAUGUCCCCGGGUCGUGGCUAUGGUUCUGGAGUGAUCCAGGUGUUGAAGAAGCUGUCCUCCCCUCAGCUCACUGACGUGUACCAGCCGGCCAAGGACCAGUUCAAUGGUCGAGGCUCCUUUGGGAAUGGGGGAGCCAUGAGGGCGGCUCCCUUCGCGCUGGCUUUCCCCAAACCGGCUGAUGUUAAAAGGUGCGCCCGUCAGGGUGCCAUGCUGACCCACUCCUGCUCUCUGGGGUACAAUGGUGCAGUGCUGCAGGCGUUAGCUGUGCACCUCGCCCUGCAGGGGGCAAUAGACAUGCCCCAGCAGUUCAUCAGCAGGCUGAUCACAGAGAUGGAGGAGGUGGAGGGCAACGAGGAGACACGCAACGAUGCCCGGAUCCUAACAGAAGCAGAGAAGCCGUUCUGCGAGCGCCUCCACAGAGUUAGAGACCUGAUGGACAGGAGCAAGGUCAGCAUAGAGGAGGUCAUUUCUGAGCUGGGUAACGGCAUUGCGGCGCUCCACUCGGUCCCCACCGCCAUCUUCUGCGUCCUCCACUGCCUGCAGCCCAGAGAAUGCCUCCCGGCGAACUACGGCGGCCUGGAGAGGACGAUAGCGUACAGCCUGGCCCUGGGAGGGGACACAGACACCAUAGCCUGCAUGGCGGGGGCCAUCGCCGGGGCCCACUAUGGCAUCGAGACCAUUCCUCAGUCGUGGAUUAGGUGCUGCGAGGGGGCAGAUGACGCAGACAUGAACGCAGAGCGGCUCCACAUGCUGUACUGCCAGUCCUCACAGGGAAGCAGCGGGAGUGGGAUGGGGGAGCGGAGCUGUGAAGACCCAUCAGAAAGUCGGUCAAACGCUUCUAACGGCACAGAGAAGAAAGCUGGAGCUGAGUGAUUCUUCAACUGGAGUUUGAAAAAAAAAAAAAAAAAAAAAAAGACUCUUGAACGCACACCGCAAGUUCAACUUACACUUGAUAAAUACCUUUUUGUUUUUCGGGCUGUGUUGGUUAAAUGGGAACUUAUGAUUAAGGGCAAGCUAUCUCUACAUUGCAACAUUAUCUAUGAGGUCAAAAAGGGUCAUUAAAAAAACAAAUAAAAAAAACAAAUAAGCUUAAUUUGUCAGGUAACAGAAUAGUGAUUCCGAACAAACAAGAAACAUCAAUAUGUCAGAUGGACUAGAUUGACUGUGUGAUAUCAGUCAUACAGAAAUUUGGUCUCUGUGCGCGCGCACACACACACACACACACACACACACACACACACACACACACGCACUCUCUAACACACCUCUCCGCUCUGUGUUGAACAAUCCUUUGUCCUGUGAAAGUUGCACUAUGUUGGCCAUGUCUUGUUUUAUCCUUUUGCUGGAUAACAAUUAUUUAAUAAACUUUUUUUUUUCUUAAUUCA